AAUGCAUUAUUGAUAAUCAUAAUCGCUGGGGCAUGCGCAUUCCGGAUCCCGGGGAGUAAUUUUCCCAACUCGAGGAAUUUGUUGUGAAGAAGAGGAGGAGGAGGAGGAGGAGGAAGAAGAAGAAUUGGCGAGUCCGGGGCUCCCGAUGCGUGGGCACCAUGUCGCGGCGCAAGCAGGCCAAGCCCCAGCACUUCCACUCCGAGGAACAGCACCAGCAGCAGCCAGAGCAGCAGCAGCCGCCUCCGGAGGGAGCAAAUGGAAAUCUACAAGACAUCCCAGGUGACAGGGCUGAUGAAAUGAGUUCCAAAAGGUGCCGGACAGAGGAAACCAAUAUUUGUGAGAAGUGCUGUGCAGAGUUCUUUGAUCUCUCAGAGUUUCUACAACAUAAGAAGAAUUGCACUAAAAUGCCACCUGUCCUAAUCAUGAACGAUGGUGAGGGAACAAUGUCCUUGGAAGGCCUCCCUGAAAGCUCCUCAGGAACCUUCCCAGGCAAUCAGAUAGACAGUGGGAAGGAGAAUCAAGCAAAGACUUGCUCUGCUUCUGUGGAAAAGAGAGAAGAAAAGGUUGGAAGUGAACCAGUGGGAGGGAUGUAUCUAAAAACAGAGUCACCAGCUGCUCCAGCAGCCCAUGGGCUGAGCUAUCUACCCAAACCCAAAGUACCAAACACUAAUGUGACUUUGCAGACUAUUCAUGGGACUAAAGUGGCAGUCAACCAGUGUACCUCAGAGACAGUCCCUCCACUGACAGCUGGCUUUAAUGCUAUUCCAAUGAUCCUUGAGCAGCUUGUGUGCCUGCAGCAGCAGCAGCUCCAGCAGCUCCAGCUUACAGAGCAAAUCCGCAUCCAGAUUGCCAUGAUGGCCCCCCAUGUCCUACAUCCUUCACUAGCUGCUGCUGCUGCUACAGAUCCCCUCAAAGCUUUGGGUGCUCACAUGUCCCAACAACUAUCAGCUGCUGUAGCUUUAAUUGGACAGAAAGCUGGGAACCAAAGCCUAUCCCUGGAAUCCUUGAAGCAAGGCAAACUACCUCAUUCAAAUGUUGGUGUUCCAGCUGCUGUCUCCAUGGCCAGUGGAUUGAUGGGAUCACCCAGUAUCUCCUUGAAGCCCGAAGCAGGCAGAGGCCUGCCAAAUUCCAUGUCCCGCUUCCCAAGCCCUUUGCUACCUCAUUCAUCCAGUUCAGCCAUUUUCCAAAACCCUCUUUCUGCCAUCUCUUCAGUGGCUGAUCCCUCAAAGAAGGCAAAAGGGAAAGUGCCAAAUGUUAAUGUGUCUGAAACCAAACCAGCCAUGGAGGAAUCAUUCUUUAAACAUAAGUGCAAGUUCUGUGGCAAAGUUUUUGGCAAUGACAGUGCUCUGCAAAUCCAUCUCCGUUCCCAUACUGGUGAAAGGCCCUACAAAUGCAACAUUUGUGGCAAUCGCUUUACAACCAAAGGGAAUCUUAAAGUGCACUUCCAGAGACAUAAAGAGAAAUUUCCUGACAUCAAAAUGAAUCCUCAUCCUGUAGCUGAAGAAUUAGACAACAUACCCACGAGUAGCGGUAUACCCCAUGGGAUGUCUGUUCCACUGGAUGAAGCAAACCUUAUUGUGGAUGCCAAACCUAUCAUUACUGCACUGCCUACCUCUUUAGGCUUACCUCAAAACACUUCUAACUUAGCAGGUGGCAGGGGUGCUUUCACUGGUGCACCUCUAAAUGAUAUUCAGACUAGAUCUUCUCUGGAAUGUGAAGGUCAUGAAUCAGGGAUUGAGCAGAACAGGGAUUCCCCACAAGCCAGCUGCAGUGUGAGUGUUUUCCAAGGAAGUAGAGCUGGUGAGCAAGGUUCUGAAACAACAAAGCUCCAGCAGUUGGUGGAAAACAUUGAUAAGUCAACGGCUGAUCCCAAUGAGUGCUUAAUCUGCCACCGAGUCCUCAGCUGUCAGAGUUCCCUGAAAAUGCAUUACCGCACUCAUACAGGUGAGAGGCCAUUCAAGUGCAAGAUCUGUGGCCGAGCUUUCUCAACCAAAGGCAAUCUUAAGACACAUUAUGGGGUACACCGUGCAAACACCCCACUGAAGAUGCAGCACUCCUGCCCCAUUUGCCAGAAGAAGUUUACUAAUGCAGUGGUUUUGCAGCAACACAUCCGUAUGCAUAUGGGAGGACAAAUUCCCAAUACACCAGUCUCAGAAAAUACCCAAGACAGUACUGAUGUGGAGAUUGCUGUAGUAGAGAAAAAUGGAGAUCCAUGUUGUCCAGAAAGUAAUGUAGAAAGUAUGGAAGUGGAAGAAGACCUGGAGUCUCAGGAUGGGCCAAGCCAGUCUUCCAAACCACUUACCUCCUGCAGUUCUCAAGCUGAUCCUUCAAGCUCUGUUUUUUCCAGUAUUUCAGUGCUAGAAAACCAAAUGAAAAUGGUGAAUUCAACUUUGACAUUACAGCGGCAAAGCAGCCUGAAGUCCAGUGAUAAUGGUUCUGCAGAAAGUGAUGGCAUGACGAAUGACUCUUCCUCAGUGGCUGGUGAUCCAGAUUAUCAAAAUGGCAGCCGUAGUCCUGUUGCCUCUGAAUCAGCUUCCUUCCCAGCACUGUCUCCAGCCAACAGUCAGGCAGAGAGCACCAGAUCAAAGUCUCCAGGUUGCAACAUCCAAGAAGAUGGUAUGGUGGGAAGUAAGGUACAGGGUCCUGAAACCCAUUCCAUGGCAAGGGAUCGUGCUUUGGAUCUAACCUAUGGCAGUGUUGGACGAAAAAUUAUCAAGGAGGAACCCGGAUUACAUUUUGCAAAUGGAGAGUAUGGCCGAAGCAAUGUCCCCACAGCUUUUGUCAGAGCACCACCAGCCCUUAUAAAAAUGGAAAUGCCAAACAAUCACCCUGUUAACACCAGCCAUUUUAUUAACCCUCCCGUGUUGUCAUCUGGUGUGCCUCCCCUUCUGGUGUCACUCCCUCGCCGUACUGCUAAGCAACACAUAUGCACUACGUGUGGAAAGAACUUCUCAUCAGCAAGUGCUCUUCAGAUCCAUGAGCGGACUCACACGGGUGAAAAGCCGUUUGUAUGCACCAUCUGUGGAAGGGCUUUUACCACUAAAGGAAACCUUAAGGUCCAUGUUGGAACCCAUAUGUGGAACAACUCUGCUCGACGUGGAAGAAGACUCUCCAUUGAUAACCCCAUGGCUCUGCUCAGCAGUGAUCCAAAAAAGGUGUCAGAGAUAUUUCCCAAGGAUGUUGUACCCCCAUCAAUCAACCUCGAUCCUACAGCAUGGAACCAGUAUGCUGCAGUGCUCAGUAAUGGCUUAGCUAUGAAAACCAAUGAGAUCUCUGUGAUCCAGAGUGGAGGCAUUCCUUCUCUCCCAACUACAAUUGGGGGAGGUCCAGCAAACAGUAUGGCAAUGAAUUCUUCCACAGGCUCCAAGAUGGAUGUUUCCCAGUCUGCCAUUAUCUCAGAGUUGGAGAAGCCCAGUAGCACUGCUGCAGACAAUGUGCCAAAACACCAGUUUCCCCAUUUUAUGGAGGAGAACAAAAUUGCUGUUAAUUGAAAACCAAGAAAACUUGAAAGAGGAGGCAGAAGAGAUUUUUUUAAAAUCACUAUAGAAGCAUAUAUAUAUAUAUAAAUAUAUUUUUAAGAGAUUACACCUCAAGUAUCCUUAUUUUCCUAUUGACGUGCAAAUGAUUCCAUGGUUAUCUUUGUAAGAGUUGCCCAGAGUUACAAUCAUGCCCCUGCUUUGCAGAAAACAAAAGUAAGGCCAAUUUAGGAUUCUUCUGUCUUUGGAAAGAUGCGGGUCUUGCAAAGUAGUUCUCAUAUGGGUGACUUUAAUCUGUAGAACCUGAGACAUUUUGCAACAUGAAAUUCCAAAGCUUAUAACAUUUACCUCUUUUGUUUUUGUUUUGUUGCUUGUGUUAAAACCAUUUGUGGCUUUGUACAGAGUGGCCUCAAACCUGUUGGUCAUUAAGAGAGACAAGGGGGCAUGGCACUCCUGGAAUCAGUGACUGAUAUUGUGGAAACUAAUUAUGCGGGUAAAUAUCCUAGAAUGCCACCCUUUUAGAGUAGUAUCUUUGUUUUGUUUUUUGGUGUUUAAUUUUGUUUUGUUUUUUAAAACCAUGGUUUUGAAUGUAAUACCACUAUAAUGCCUGUUGGAUGUAAAUCUGAUUUAUUCAGAAGAAUGCCAUUUAAAAGCAAAAUUAGAGUUUUUAAACUGGUGCUUUCUGUUACCCAUGAUCAAUCAUAAAUAGCAGGUAUUGAUGACUGCUGCUUAUUUAAAUGCUACAUAGAAAAAUGCUACAGGUGCACCAUCAUAAUAACAGCACCAGAAUCCUGAGUUUCCACUAGAGUAGUUUCCCCCACUACACACUUAGGAACAGGAGUGGCAAGUCAAAAGAGAUUUCAUACCAGGAAGCAGCAAGAAAGCACAGGGAAGGGUAUAUUGUAUAUACUGUUGAAAGGGAAUCAAAUCCUUGGGAGGUUUUUUUUUAAGCUUUUCUGCCAGGAAUCUCAGGUAAAUUGUGUUUUAGAAACAUUUCCCUUAGUGAGAGGAAAUCUUUCUUUUGUUUGUGCAUUUUUGGUUUUUGUAAAAUUUAUCUUCGCCAUUCUCCACCCAUCCUAAAGAGAUAAGUCUGUCUCAGCUGGCUAUUUAAAAGAAAGGACGUGUUUUGUGGGCAAUGUCUCCUUUUGUUCUAACAUUUCCACUUUAGAAAUUUGGGCCACAACCCACCCAGAUGUAUACCUGUAGAAGCUCCAUGUUCUAGUGCAGAGCAUCUGAUUCGUUUCAAUGGAGCUUGCUCAUGAGAAAUUUUUGACAGGGGUCUACAUUUUCUUUUGGACUUUGUGUGUGUUUGUAUUGGGGUGUGUGUGACCAAAAUGAAACCCUGAUGGCAUUUGUAUUGUAUGAAGGUUACUGGAAGGGUCCUCUGGAUUCUUAAGUUAUCUACCUCAUUAUUAUUAUUAUUAUUAUUGUUAUUGUUAUUACUAUUUUGUUCUUUUGUAGUGCUGAGUGUCUAUUUUUCUAUAAAAUAACCACUGUAUUGAACUUGAGAUCCAAGCAGAGGCUACUGUGCACUAUUUGAACCAAAACAUGAUAUACUGGUAGGAAUAUAUGAAUUUGUUAUGUUGUGUGUAUUUUUUGUGUGCGUGUGGGAGGUUGUUUUGUGUUUGCUCUCCUACACCUCUCUUCUUUAUAGCUGCAGGAUCUCCCAGUGUGUUUGAUAUAAAGCUACAUUGGAAAAUGUAGCUAAGUAUUUAGUAUUAAAAGGACUUGAAUAAAAUGUGGCUUUCCCCCUCUCACUUCAGAGUCCAGCUUUGCUCAUGGGAAGGCCCAUGAAACUGUGGAUUUAAUUUUUUAAGCCCACCUUGCUUGUGUAAUACUGUUGCAUCUGUAGUGUGUGUGUGUGUGUGUGUGUGUGUGUGUGCAAGCAGUUGGUUUUUUUAUUUUGUUUUAUUUUGCUAAGGAUCAAUUUUUGCCAAGUUGUGCCUUUCCUGCUGGACUUUGUAAAGUAAGAAUACAAUCUGUUUACACUGUAAAGUGGAUCUUGUUACAUGGAACAUGCCAAUGGUGCAUCCCAAGUGUUAUGUCAGCAUUGUGAAUGUAUGGACUUAAAGAAAGUUCUGUGUAGUUUGGGUUUGGGGGAAUUUUUUUUCCAGACUAUCUACUAUUGCUUUUCUGUUAAUGAUAUGAGAAUAAAU